GAGCUGACAUAGUUACCACCAGCCUUUGGCUGGGAGAAGCUGGGGGUGAAAGUCUUAGAGCAAUGACUUGCAGAAUGGUCACCUCACCCACCAGCGAUUUCACUGUGCCGACAGGUGGACCCCGUGGAAGCAGAACCUCCCCGAGGCAGUUUGUUUUUGUGUAGGAACAGGUGGCAGAUUAGCAGGGGACAGAGCAAGUGGAAGGGAGCUGCUUCAGAAAUGUGUCAAAGAAAAGUGAAAAUGCAACCUAGCGGUAUAUGAAGAGGGAAGGAAGAAAUAAGACAAGCACUGUCAGUCGGGAGGACACCGAACAGCUGCUCGGAGCUGCAUCUAUCAAGAUGAUUCUGAAUGCUGGAGAAAAAUGUAAGUUAAAUCUAUCCACACUCUGAUCAGACCUCAAGAGACAUUUUACUCGUUUCCUGGUUUUGAAUGAUGGGUUCUUGGAAGCACUGUCUUUUUAGUGUGUUUCUUAUUACUGCUCUGAUUUUUAUCUUUUUUUACAACAACGAGUUAGGGGAAAAGAAACGUUUUCUGAGGGCAGCUCUGUCCAAUGCUUUCCUGUUAGGAGAAGCCUGUCAUCAGAUUUUUAAGGGGAAGGUUUUUUACCUAACAGAAAAUGCAUUGAAAACUACCCUUGAUGAAGCUACCUGUUAUGAGUACAAGGUUCAAAGUCAUUAUAUAACAGAACCACUCUCUGAAGAAGAGGCUGCGUUUCCUUUAGCGUACAUAGUGACCAUCCACAAAGACUUUGGCACUUUUGAGAGGCUCUUUAGGGCGAUUUAUAUGCCCCAAAAUGUCUACUGUGUGCACCUGGAUCAGAAGGCGACAGAUGCAUUUAAAGAUGCAGUGAAACAACUCCUGAGCUGCUUCCCCAAUGCUUUCCUGGCUUCCAGGCUGGAGCCAGUGGUCUACGGUGGAAUCUCCAGGCUCCAGGCUGACCUGAACUGCCUUCGAGACCUUGUCCUUGCCGAGGUUCCCUGGAAGUACACUAUCAACACCUGCGGGCAAGAUUUCCCCUUGAAAACCAACAGGGAAAUAGUUCAGUAUCUGAAAGGAUUUAAAGGGAAAAACAUCACCCCAGGGGUGCUGCCCCCUGAUCACGCCAUUGGACGGACUAAAUAUGUCCAUCGAGAACUAUUAAACAACAAACAUUCCUACGUGCUUAAAACAACAAAAUUAAAAACUCCUCCUCCUCACAAUAUGACCAUUUACUUUGGCACCGCCUAUGUGGCCCUCACAAGGGAAUUUGCCAACUUUGUCCUCCAAGACCAGCAUGCACUCGACUUACUCUCCUGGUCUCAGGAUACGUACAGCCCCGAUGAACACUUCUGGGUAACGCUCAAUAGGAUUCCUGGUGUCCCUGGCUCUAUGCCAAACGCAUCCUGGACCGGUAACCUCAGAGCGAUAAAAUGGAGUGACAUGGAGGACAGACACGGAGGCUGCCACGGCCAUUAUGUACAUGGCAUUUGUAUCUAUGGAAACGGAGACUUAAAGUGGCUGGUAAACUCACCAAGCCUGUUUGCUAACAAGUUCGAGCUUAAUACGUAUCCCCUUACCGUGGAAUGCCUAGAACUGAGGCUUCGAGAAAGAACCCUCAAUCAGAGUGAAAUUGCGAUACAACCCAGCUGGUAUUUUUGAUCUGUGACAACUCAUGGCUGAAGGGAAACUGCAGCUGGGAAGAAGAGAUGUCUUUGUGAGAGACUUUCACCUUGGUGAUGUAAUGGUUUCAGGAUCACAAUGAUGGCUUCAGGACCUGGCUCCAUCAUUAUACUUAAAAUAUCCCCUAGACACUGUGAAACACACAAGCAGGAUGGCCGGGUGGAGCUGUCCGGCACUCUGGACAGUCUUGCUGUUUCCUCAUGCUCACCUCUAUUCUCACUUAUUGUUAGGAUCAAUGAUAAAUUUAAAUGUCAGGAGAUCUUUGCACCAGAUACUUAAUAUAUAAACAUGUUCUAAUUAAAAGGAGAAUUGUAGAUGAUACUAUUUAGGAAAAUAAGAAUUAGGUUUCUUUGAAAAAGGCAUCUUUUAGAACACAUUACUAGUCACCACUUCUUGCACAAAUGUAAACAUUGAAACAGCUUUGUGGGUAACUCACCAAUUUCCUUUACAACGUAAGCUACUAGCAUUGAGUUUCAACACUAGCAUUUUAAGUUUACCCACAUCCAAAGUUCUGUAUAUAGAUGGUGUAAAAUCAUUAACAAGACACAGUGUGUGUUUUAAGACAGAAGUCAUUGCUGUUUCAGUAGAAGGGCCUCGGGGAGCAGAACAUUUUUCUAUUAUAUGCCAGAAUGUACUCUUCCCUCUCUCAUGUUUUCCACUGAAAACACUGAAAAGUCCUCGUGAGUAUGAAGAUAUGUCUAUAAGAGAUGGGCUGUUACAUAAAUCUCACUACCGGAAUACCUUAGCAUGAAUCACUUUCCUCUUCUGGGAUCCCCUCUCCCCAAUAUUAUCUUACUUGCAAAACAGAGACCAAAUUCUAUUCUUCUAAGUGAGGCUCUUAACUAUACCCUAGUAUUCUCUGAGUAGUUUUACAAUGCCCACUGCUGAUAGGAAUGCCUAAUUUUUAAGAGCUUUCAAUUAUGGGUGAGCACAUUUAUUUACCUCUCAUUUAUUCACCCAUUCAUUCUUUCAGCCUGCAAUCAAUUAAUCUUUCCUGAGUGACUACUAUGUACCAGAUGUGCUGAGAGAAGAGAAGGAAAAAUAAGACAGAACUUUUUUCACUCUAAAAAUUUUAAGAAUAAUGUCAACCUUGGAUGUUGCUCUGGAGAAUCUUAGAUAAUGACCACACAUUGUUAUGCAGGGCUAUGUGUUGUAGUAUCAAGCCAAAGAUAUCAGUAAUAAUUAUAAAUUGAAGGUUAAAUCAAAGAUCAUUGCACAGAUGGGGGGAAGGAGGAGACAGAAGCUGAAGCCUCUUGUGGGCUAGGCAUUCUGUAGUUCUGUUAUAAAUCUCGUUUCAUGCAAACCUCACAACAGUCAUGUGAGCUUCUCAUGAUUACACCCAUUUUACAGAUGAAGUAACUGAAGCUAAGCAUUUCAUAUUUCCCAAUUUUCCUGUCUGAGAAUUGGGAUUCUCUUUCUGGUCUUCUCAGUUCAUUUCCUAAGGUGGAAUAUUGAGAGAAGGUGAAAUAAAGCCAUAUUUAGUGUAUCAGAGAAGGUAGGUUUUAAGAUGGGUCUCGGUGUUGAGAAAAAGGCACCCCAGGAAAAUGUGAAGUCUGCAUUAAUAUUCCUCUUAUCCACUGAGUUCCUAAAUAUUUAUUUAUUCUAAUGAAAAACGAUUGUUAAAACUGUUACAUUUAAUUAACACAGUUUUAUUUUUUUAUAACUGUACCUGUUGAAUGUUAAUCAUAUUUAAAGGGAAUGACUUUGAAGUAAAAUCUUUAACCUUUUUUUCCUGCUACUGAAAUAAAAAUGGAAUUGUGUUUGAUGGUAAAGGGUUGAGGGGUUGGGAACGUAUCCAGGAUCAGUGGUGAACUCUAAAUAUUUUCUCUUUUCAACCUAUUAUUUAAAAUGACAGCACCUGAGGAGAAGAAAUGUUUUACACUGGAUCUUUAUUAUGUAGAAGGAGAAAUCUUUCUGGAAUAGAAGAUGUUUACGUGUGUGGCUGGUCAUCUCUCCUACGUCUUAAAUACUUUAAUAUUGGAAGAGCAUAGUGUUUGGGCUGGUGGGUUUCUGACAGCCCGUAGGAAUACCCUUAAACUGCUGUACCUGUCUUUUAUUUUCAGUGAUGGUCCAUGUUUUGUUUUCAUGGAAAUAAAUUAAUAUAUUGUUUUCCA